ACACCCGGCGGGGCUGGGCCGCGGCUCGCAACUGCCAUUUUGUCCGGACUCCUCGCCCCGAGCGGCCCCGUCCUGCCGAGCGGGGCACUCGGCUGUCCCGGCCGGCUCCGACCUCCCCGCCGCCCCCUCGGCUCUCCUCGGCCGGUGGCCCCGGCGGCCGGGCGGCGCGCUGAGGUGCGCGGAAGGGACGGCCCUGCCCGGCCGGCGGCUCCCGGCCCCGGCCCCUCGGCGGGGAGGCGGCUCGGGGGCGAGGCGUGGGGCCGGGCCGGCGCUGCCGAGCCUCCAGCAGCUGCCGGAGCCCAGCCGAGGCGAGCCGAGCCCGUCCUGCCCGCGGCCGCCGCCGGCCCCGUGGUUUUCAAUUUUACUGCUCAGCUACUUGCACUGUCCGCCCGGGCCCAGGGAGCCCCCCGAGCCGUGCUGGGGUGGCAGGGCUGCAGGCUGAGCCACGCAGGGAGUGGGUUCCUCAUGAGCUGGCGUUAGCUGCUGCGGAAAUUCCUUCGGGGCAGAGCUUCCUCUGCGUGCCCAGCGCAAUGCCUGUCCCUGAGCGCAGCCCUUGGGUGCUCUGACCUCGCCGACUAAUGGCAGUCCUCAAGAUGGCAGCCACGGCAGAAUUCAGCAGUGUCCGGUCAGUGGCAGAAGUGCCGGAGGGAGAUGAUGCUAAGCAUGUUUUCCAUCACAGAAUGUUCUUGGAACCUCAGGAGGAGAAGAGGGACUUGAAGGCUCUGAUGGUUAAGCGAGCAAAGGAAAUUUGCAGCUGCACUCCAGCCAAAGUUAAAGACUGUGUUUUCAGUCUCUUUCCCAUCUUGCAGUGGCUUCCUAAAUACAAACUAAAAGAGUGCCUACUGGGAGACGUAAUGUCUGGUGUGAUUGUGGGAGUCUUACUAGUCCCACAGUCAAUUGCCUAUUCUCUCUUGGCUGGACAGGAGCCUAUCUAUGGCCUUUAUACGUCCUUUUUCGCAGGCAUUAUUUAUUCCAUAUUUGGAACCUCUCACCACAUCUCCGUUGGUAUCUUUGGUGCACUUUGCCUGAUGGUGGGCCAAGUGGUGGAUCGUGAAGUGCAGAGAGCUGGCUACGACUUGGAGGCCACUGUUAGUGCCCACACGGAUACAGUCACACAGGUAAACACCACCAUUGUGCCUCUGAACCAGACGUCGCAGAUCCUGCUCUGUGAUAAAACCUGCUAUGCAAUAAAAGUGGGAGCCACCAUGACCUUCAUAGCUGGAGUUUAUCAGGUGGCCAUGGGUUUCUUUCAAGUGGGCUUUGUCUCAGUGUACCUCUCCGAUUCGUUGCUCAGCGGAUUUGUCACGGGUGCCUCCUUUACCAUCCUGACUUCACAAGCUAAGUAUCUCCUGGGUCUGGACAUUCCACGGAGCAGUGGCGUUGGCUCCGUCAUAACCACAUGGAUAAACAUCUUCAGAAACAUACACAAAACCAACAUCUGUGAUCUCAUCACCAGCUUCUUGUGCUUUCUUGUUCUUAUCCCAACCAAAGAGCUUAACGAACGCUUUAAAUCCAGGCUUAAGGCUCCAAUACCAAUUGAAUUAGCUGUGGUUGUGGCAGCUACUCUGGCAUCUCACUUAGGGAAGCUGAGAGAAACAUAUGGCUCGAGCAUUGCUGGAGAGAUCCCAACUGGGUUUCUGCCACCCAGACCUCCAGAAUGGAACCUGAUUCCUAAUGUGGCUUUGGAUGCAAUCCCCAUAGCCAUCAUUGGCUUUGCCAUCACAGUCUCCCUCUCAGAGAUGUUUGCCAAGAAGCAUGGUUACACCGUGAGGGCCAACCAGGAAAUGUAUGCCAUUGGCUUCUGCAACAUCAUUCCCUCUUUCUUCCAUUGCUUCACAACAAGUGCAGCUCUUGCCAAGACUCUUGUCAAAGAGUCAACAGGCUGUAGGACCCAGAUUUCUGGCAUAGUGACUAGUUUGUUAAUCCUAAUAGUCCUCCUUGUGAUUGCACCAUUGUUUUAUUCCCUUCAGAAAUGUGUCCUUGCUGUCAUAACUAUUGUAAACCUCAGAGGAGCCCUGCGAAAGUUCAAAGACCUGCCAAAAAUGUGGCAUUUGAGCAGGGUGGACACAAUAAUCUGGAUAGUUACUAUGGCAUCCUCAGCACUCAUCAGUACUGAGAUUGGUCUUUUGGUUGGCGUUUGCUUCUCUAUGCUCUGUGUCAUUUUCCGAACUCAGAAACCAGAGGCACCCUUGCUUGGCUGGGUGGCAGAGUCUGAAACAUACGAAUCCCUGUCUGCUUACAAGAACUUGCAAACUAAGCCAGGAGUCAUGGUGUUCCGUUUCGAAGCACCCCUCUACUAUAUCAACAAAGAGUGCUUCAAAUCCACGCUGUACAAGCAAACUGGAGUCAACCCAGCCCAGGUGAAGGCAGCAAAGAAAAAGGCAGCAAAAAGAAUGCUUAGACACAAAGAGAUGGGUUCUGGUGGCAACCAAACCGGCAUCUCCUUGGAGCUUGUCUCUGAACCCUUGGGGUUUCACACAAUAGUGAUCGACUGCUGUGCAGUACAGUUCCUGGACACGGCAGGAAUACGCACGCUCAAAGAGGUCUGCAAGGACUACAAGGAGAUAGAUGUCCAGGUGCUACUGGCCCAGUGCAAUCCUUCGGUGAGGAGUUCCCUGAUCCGCGGAGAAUUCUUCAAAGAGGGCGAGGACCACCUUCUGUUCCACAGCGUGCACCAGGCUGUGGACUUCGCAUUGGGUGUGCAGGAGCACAGUGGGACCUCUGCUUCUAAAAACUAGCUGGAGCAAGGCAGGAAAUUGGAACAAAGCCUGGAAAAAAAUGGGUGUGGUCUGUGUGUUUGUGUAUGAAACAUAUGUGCACUCAGAUGGAAAGAGGCAGGGUUGUUGGUAACACAUUGGUUACUGUGCAGUGUGUUUUAAUGCUUUACUUUGUCCGCCAGGUGUAAUGAUUCAAUAGGUGGUACUGAGUGAAGGCAUUUCUUAACUUGAUUGUGACCAGUCUGUGAACUGAAGAGUUUUCAUGUGGAUUUUCAUCUCCUUUCUCUUCUGUCAUCAACUUUCCGUUUCUGUUCGCCCCCCAAGUUUUAAUCAUCAGCAUUGAAGUCUGUCUGGAUGGGACAAGAUCCUGAAGGAGCCUGGGCAUCCUGUCUAGCAAAGUGCUACAAGGCAACAUAUUUUUUGUCCCUAGUUGUGUUAUUGCUUUUUCAUAUCAUCACACCUUUAUAUUUUUAAGGAAUGACUGACGGGGACUGUUGGCUCUGGUCUGUAAUGUGUAGUCCUUAGCUGGUGAUUCUGAGACAGCUAGGUAAGGAAAAUCUAGACAUGCAGGAAAAAAGUCUUAACGAAUAGCUUAUAACUACCUAUCACCUCUAAAUGCUUUGUCGUCAUCUUCUGACAGACUAAUGCAGCCAAAUCAACAGGGACAUGAUUUUCUAAUUUCUACACAGGUUUUUACAUGCCAGGAAAGAUUGUCUCUUUAGCUUGGUUCUCUUUGGAUAAUCUGGAAGGAUUUUUAUUCAGAGGAGAUUGUUUAGAAGUAUGAUUCAUGCUUAUGGUCAAUCAUUCAUUUUCCUAAUGUUUAGGAGCACUUCAGAAUUGUGAACAUUAGAUAUGGAGAUCUGUAAUUCAUGGGUCUCAACACACUGCAGCUCUUCAUAGCCAGUUUUACAAGCCAGGCAGAGUCACAGAAGCCAAAAUGAAAAGGGCCUCAUAGACUAGCCAGCAUCUGUCUAUGUCACACAGACUUUGUGUGUGAAUACAGGUUUUAUGGACCAUAAACCCUUUACACAUGUUCAGUCAUGGACGUUUUGGAAUGGGGAUGGUAGGCCAGAAAGUACAGUCAUUAGAAAAAGAGCCAGAGAGGAUUCUGCUGAAAGCUGUUCACCAUGUUAGUGUAAAUAAAACUUUGUACUUUGCUUUUAAAUUAUGCAGAACCGUAAAGAGUGUCUGUUGUUCACUCCAAAAUAGAAGCACUGAGUAGGAAGGCUCUUCUCUGUUCUUACAGCAAUAGAAUACAAUUAUGAAAGUAUAAUUGAAAGAUUAACUUUUUUUUUUUUUUUUUUUUUUUUUUUACUUAGUGCCAACUAUACCUAGCACACCAUACACAUUUGGAAGAGGGUGGUUUCUCCCAGGGGAGUUUGUAGUUUGUGCUGUGGUUUCUUGACAGCUUUUACAAAGGAAAAGAUGUUUUAUACGGACAAUAUGCUUAGUCUUAAUGAUUCAAAAAUAAUGAAUCAAGAAUCAAAAGGGUAAUAAAAUGCAAUAUAAAGUCAUGAAACAUCUUCUAAAUAAAAAUCUACUGUCUUUUUUUAGGAUUAUUUUCUACUUUUUUUCCUGAGCAACUAGUAACUGUUCACUUCUUUCAGUGAAAGCUGAAAUGUCACACGUCACUUCACUGUAGGAGCUGAGACCUCAAGAGAAGGAAUAGAUAGCAGAAAGAUGAGUCCCAGGACCUAGCAACAUUUAUAUGUUAAGUGUGUCCUACAUUUUUUAGGACAUUGUAGAAGCAUGUAGAAAUAUUGAGGAGAUGGGCAGAGGGACACACUGUAGCGUAUAACUGAGAUCCUAGAAUUAUGUGUUCUAGAACUGGCAUUAUUAAGGCAGAAGCAGGUCUUCAAAUACCAGAGAUAAAAUUCUAAUGCUUCUGCAGUGUUCAAAAAGCACAAAUAUUUUUCUUUCAUAGCCUUAGGGUGUGUUUAUACACGGAGAUGAAUCCCAAACAGCUACCGCUGUUUUGCUUUUUUUUUUUGCAUGAACUUUUUUAUUCUGUGCUGAGAAUCCCUUAUGCAGUUUGGAUAAUUAUAAUUAGCAAGCUUAUGUUACCAAAGCGGGGGCCAGCGUCGGGAGGGAGCAGCCAUGUCCUCAGCAGCUCCAGCAGCCAGGCUCCUGCUUCAGGAGGCCUUUUCACUUUAAGCAAAAUCCUCCAUGCCAUUUUUAAACACUGAUUGUAGCUAUUAUUUUUCAAGUCAGCAGAACAGUGCUAGAAGUGCCCUCUCCUCAAAGUUGUGAUGAAAAAUUAAAUCACAACAACCAAUAAACGGUGCACUCUGUUGAGGCAAAUUUUCGUGCUUACCCCCAGCCACUCUUUCUCACUCCCUUGCCCCUCGGGCUUGUAGCUGAGAGGGAGAGGAGGACUGAGAAGCUGCUCUGGCCCACCAGGAGACAUCCUCUGAAGCAGGGAUAAAGUAAAGUAGAAGUUGUUUUGGGUGAGUCUUUCCUCUCUACACUCUCAUGAUGACUUCUACCCUUUCCAUGCUGCCCAGGUGAAGAUUUUUUUGACCUGUAACUGUACAGUAGGGUAACAGAAGGAGAAAUCAGAAAAUAUUAACAUUUCUUUCAAAUUCAUUUCCACUUGUGCCAGGAAGGGAGGAAUAAGAGUGUUAACUUCCAAGAUGCAGUAGUUCCACAGCUGUCAGGAUGCAUAUUUGUAGCACCUGGGUAUUUGUUUGCAUUAAAGCACAAUAAAACAGCCAUAAAUUGAUUUUCAAAGAAUUAAUUUGGAUUACAGCUAAAAGAUACACUAAAGUGAUUUAUGUUCAGGUAGAGCACAUUAUGCUUGGCUGCACUGCUGUUUGUGUAGCCGCAACUGGCAGUGUAGCUUCCAAAUUCCAUUUCAAACAAAACAUUAAAAAAGCAUAGUAAAGUCCAGUGGUGAAAGCAGCCAGCCAAACAGAAGAACAACUUCUGAUGUUCUUAUUUAAGAUAAUAUCCGGAGGCCACAGUUUAUCCUCUGUAUAAACUGACACAGCCCUGGUUAAAAGGGAACAGAAAUAAAUAGCAGUUGUCAGAGAGUUUAGUGUAAUAGAGAGUCACUGGACAUUAACUGGAGAUUAGAGCUUAUCAUGGCAGGGAUUUCUUUAAACUGCAAUUUCAACCAUUUUCCUUUUAGGCCAAUAUUUUGUUUUUAAUGGAGAUGUGAGUCUAAGCAAAAGCAAGCCUCCUUCGUAAGAGGAGUAUGCUUCAGUGUUUUUAUGGACCCUUUAGAAGUAAUCCAACUUCAUAUUUAGGAAUCAGGGACCACAGCUGAAAACUGUUUCCCUAAAAAAUUUGAUUUAUAAAGGAAUUUCAGACAUGUGUACGUGCCUUUUGCAGCUGUUUGACGAAUGCAGCAGCUGUAUUUACACCAGUUAAACACCAGUUGUGUUUCUGUGAUGUGGCUGUUUUCUGUUCUGGAAGGGGCUCUUCUGCCGUCUGCUGUCUAAAAUAGACAGGGGAAUGCAUGUACUGGAUUUUAAAAGGAAAAGUCUGCAUACCCACUGCCAUCUAGCCCUUCUCUCAUCCCUGUCUCACAGCGUAACAUGUAGUCUAUGGGAAGAAGGAAUCCCAGAAUGAUUGUUUUUGGGAACACUUCUCUGACCAGAGAGCAGUGACGUUUGUCCCAGCCACAGCUUUCAGAGCGCUGGGCCAGCCUGGAAUGUUGUGUAAACCCCCUGAUCUCUAGCAACUCUUCUCCCAAAGGCAUUAAUCCAGCAAUUACCCGUCUAAAUGAGGAAUUAAGAGAUAAUUAACGUAUUCAUUAAUGAUAACAGUACAGCAUUAUGGAAAUGAAUACUCACAGUCUCAGCCAUGUUAAAUGCUCCUGGAAAUGUCUUUAGUAUUCUCCUGCAAAAUGUCAGAUUUCUGCAUUUAUUGCUGCCGUAUAUAGCAGGUUCAACUCCUCCUAAUGUGCCAAUUGCAGUAAUAAAUGUUUAACCUUUGUAAAUGUUUUGAUGCAGAAACAGUUUUCAGUCUACUUCGUAAAGUGGAAAGGUGCUGCCAGUAUGCACAUGGUGCUUAUCUUUGGAUUUAUGAUGACAUGAUCAGCCCCAGUCUUGUGCGAUUUAGUGAUCCUGAUUUCCUAGUAAGUCACUGCCGCUACAGCUGCUGCUCCCUAAUUCGCUGCCAGAUCCACCUCAUCACCUUCUUCCAUGCCUCUUUUUGUGUUUUGCUUACAGUCAAAUACAUACAGUGUGUUUGACUGUAAGCAGAAGAAUUGUAUAUUUUGCUAUUGCCUGUGAACUGCUACUUAGUUUUUGCACCAAGGCUAAAGCAAAAAGCUAUAAAACAGCCCCAAAAUAUCCCGGUCCUCUGGGCUCUGAGCCUGGGAGGAAGGGAGCUGCGGGCAGCUAGUGUGCCUUUUUCCAUAAUGAGUGUAAUAGUAACGCAGGGACCAAGUUCCUGCUCAGUGCUGCUGCAUGAGUCAGUGUCCUGUACUAGGUAUUACCAGGGAUUUCUGGUUUUGUGCUUAUUUAUUUUUAUGUAAUUUUAAUCUAAUUCUGUACUGGGAUCCCCUAGCCAGGGCAGUCGAGCUGCCAUGACUUCCUCACUCCCUCCCCACCGGGCUGCAGUGAUGAAUGGAGGGAUCCUCUCUCUUGAGAAAAAAACACAGCAGUUCCUUCAUCUCUGCUUGCUUCUGCUGGCUUGUGCCAGCAGAAAAUCCAUCGCUGACAGGCCUGGCAUGCAGAGGGGAGGUUCUGCAGGUAGAAGAGCAUCCUGGCUGCCACUCUGUGCUGGAUCCUAGAUCUACAUCUCAAACCUUACUUGAAAAGACCAGCAACACUGCACAUCUCCCCAGAUCCAGUUCUUUGAAUCUUCCGCCCAAGGGCUGUGCAACCUCACUGUGCCUAGCUGCCUGCUGCCAGCACCCUGGUGUUGAUGCUAGGAGUUUUUAAGGAGGUCAAAGGCAUCACCCACGCGACUGGACUGUCAUAGACUGCUGGUCUACCAGAAGAUCAUAGAACAAACUGGAACGAGGAAACCCUGUUAGUUGAGGGUGAAACUCUUCAGGCAGAUAGUUUGUUUCAGGGUAUUAUCUUCUGGGUUUUCUUUCACAUGCUUUGGAAAGGUGAUUAAGUGAUCAAGGUGAUUUAAACUUUGUUUUAAUAGCAUUAGCUGAGCUAAUGAAGCUGCCAUGGAGGUAGCAGUCGUCUACUGCUAAUGCCAUACAACGUGCUUUGUAUCUGUGGAGCUUGUUGUGCUUUGUGUCUCAGUCUAGGAUGCUAAUAUUGAUGUAAGUGUCUGCACUAGAGGGUUUUACACGUCUGCUAUGCUGGCAUAGCUAGAAGGGUCAAUCUCUUCAGUGCAGAUGAGGCACUGUGCCUUUGCACUUUGAAUAACGUUGUUACGUCCCAAGAAUUACUUGCACUCAGUUGUCAUGUUUAUAAGCCUUUGGUGGAGCAGCUGCACAUGUGAGAAGCCACUUGUCUUUAUUAUUUCAAUCAAAUUCUACCUGAGGUGGAAAUCAUUUUGGGUCUUGCUUUUUCUUUUGAGAUGACUACAAUGCUAAAAGUGAGGCCUCUGGCUAAGUAAAAUUUCAAAUAUUUAAUACAUAUAUAUGUAUUUAGUGCAUAAUAUAAUUAGUACUUUUCUAUUGUGUUUUAUAAAUAGGCACAUUGCUAUUUUUCUAAUGUGCAAAUACAUAAAAUAUUACAACAUUUGAUGGAGAAUCAAAUCCCUGUUGUGGAAAUGUACUGCCUAAAAUACUUGGAUUGCCAAUCUCUGCAGCAAUGAAAGCACUUCAUUCUUAGUCCAGCUCCCAGGUGAUCUCAAGACUCCACAGGACAAUAGGGAACCAAACAUUUUGCUGGACUUGGGUCCAAGUUUUUAAUGUCUAAUCUUUGUCUUUAGGAAUAAAAUUUUGUGUAUAUUUGAAGUGCAGCUGAAACAUGCUUAGAGGGGUGAAGCUUCCCUUUUUCUGGUAAGCACACGGUGAUUUGAUUUCAUCACCUCUGGUUGCUAACAAUCAUUUCUGGUACCAUAGUAUGCUAUGGGAUAUGAUUUCUGAAUUAUUUUAAAUUCAGAGUGAUUUUAGAUAUUAUUCGUGACAUAAUGUUUUGCAGAAUAAAUAAUAUGGCAAAAAUUGCCUGGAGCAGCUUUUUCACAUUUGGGAAUCCACUUAAACAAACAUGACUUCAUGAAUGGAACAGGCCACGUUGGCUAGCUGACCUGAGCAGUUUACAGUAGUUUAUUCCCAAAUAGUUUGCAGAAGUUGCAUAGCACAUAUAAGAGAUUGCCUUUUUAUUGAUUUAUCUGUGCGGUACAAAUGAGGUGUAACAUUUCCCCCGGUCUGGUGCUGGGAUCUAUGGUGCUGGGGAAACUGCCUGCUGCGUGGCUUUGCUCCGUGCUGGGUGUGUUUGCUAAUGCAGACUUCACUUUGCCUUGGGCACAGCCUGAGAAGGGAUGCGAUGCCAUCAGCUCCUCGCUGAGGGCUGUACUAGCUGACCAAAAUUUGCCACAAGAGUUGUAUUGUGUCAGUUGUUGUCAUACCAAAAACAUGUAACAGUGGGUUAUAUCCUCUGCUUAUUGUUGCCUUUCCUUUACACUGUCUCCAUCUGUUAGUUCUUUAUCAAUUGUCAUUUUUAAAUGCUAAUGUGCCUUAUUGUCAUUGUAGAAGAUGUUAGCACAGCAAUUUUUAUCAAAUGUGGUAAAAUCUUUGUGAUUUCUUUACCAUCAUUAAAAGAUAUUUAUGUUGU